CCCAGAGGGGUCAGGACGAGCCCUCAGAGUCCCGAGCCGACACGCUAUGGCGCACGUCCGAGGCCUGCGGCUGCCUGACUACCUGGCCCUGGCUGCCCUGUUUAGCCUUGUGCACAGCCAGCAUGUGUUCCUGGGCCCUCAGCAAGCACUUUCGCUGCUCCAGCGGGUCCGCCGGGCCAACAGUGGCUUCCUGGAGGAGGUGCGCAAGGGGAACCUGGAGCGAGAGUGUCUGGAGGAGCAGUGCAGCUACGAGGAGGCCUUCGAGGCCCUGGAGUCUUCCAGCUCCACGGAUGCAUUCUGGGCCAAGUACACAGCUUGUGACUCAGUGAAGAAAUCUCGAGAAAAGCUCAUUGAAUGUCUGGAAGGGAACUGCGCUAAGGGUCUGGGUAUGAACUACCGAGGAAAGGUGAACGUCACCCGGUCGGGCAUCGAGUGCCAGCUUUGGAGGAGUCGCUACCCGCACAAGCCCAAAAUCAACUCUACCACCCACCCCUGGGCUGACCUGCAGGAGAAUUUCUGCCGCAAUGCAGAUGGCAGCACCACCGGGCCGUGGUGCUAUACUACAGACCCCACCAUACAGAGGGAGGAGUGCAGCAUCCCCGUCUGUGGCCAGGACAACUUCACCGUGCAGCUCACGCCGCGCUCCGGAGGCACCAAGGUGAAGCCGUCGCUCCCGUGGGAGCCGUGCGUCCCGGAGCGUGGCCGGCACUACCAGGGGCGCCUGGCGGUGAGCGCCCACGGGUCCCCCUGCCUGGCCUGGGCCAGCGCGCAGGCCAAGGCCCUGAGCAAAGACCAGGACUUCAGCCCCGCGGUGCCGCUGGUGGAGAACUUCUGCCGGAACCCAGAUGGGGACGAGGAGGGCGCGUGGUGCUACGUGGCUGGAGAAAUUGGCGACUUUGAGUACUGCGACCUCAACUACUGCGAGGAGCCCGUGGACGGGGAGGCGGUAGACAGGCCGGAGGAGAACCCCGACGGCGCCAUCGAAGGGCGCACGUUCACCGACGAGUACCAGCCCUUCUUCAACGAGAAGACCUUCGGCGCGGGGGAGGCAGACUGUGGGUUGCGGCCUCUGUUCGAGAAGAAGUCGGCGGAGGACACAGCGGAAAAGGAGCUUCUCGCGUCCUACAUCCAAGGGCGCAUCGUGGGGGGUUCGGAGGCGGAUGUCGGCAUGGCGCCCUGGCAGGUGAUGCUUUUCCGGAAGAGCCCGCAGGAGCUGCUGUGUGGAGCCAGCCUUAUUAGUGACCGCUGGGUCCUCACUGCAGCCCACUGCCUCCUGUACCCGCCCUGGGACAAGAACUUCACAGAGAAUGAGCUUCUCGUGCGCAUUGGCAAACAUCAUCGCACCAAGUAUGAGCGUGGCACCGAAAAGAUCUCCAUGUUGGAUAAGAUCCACAUUCACCCCAGGUACAACUGGAGGGACAACCUGGACCGGGACAUCGCCCUGCUCAAGCUCAAGAAGCCCAUCACCUUCAACGACCACAUUCACCCUGUGUGCCUGCCCGACAGGGACACAGUGGCCAGGUUGCUCCAGGCUGGAUACAAAGGGCGGGUGACUGGCUGGGGCAACCUGAGGGAUACGUGGACGACCAGCAUAAACGAGGUGCAGCCCAGUGUCCUGCAGGUGGUUAACCUGCCCAUUGUGGAGCGGCCCGUCUGCAAGGCCUCCACUCGGAUCCGUAUCACAGACAACAUGUUCUGUGCCGGUUACAAGCCCGAUGAAGGGCAACGAGGGGAUGCUUGUGAAGGCGACAGUGGAGGGCCCUUUGUCAUGAAGAGCCCCUACAACAAACGCUGGUAUCAAAUGGGCAUCGUCUCAUGGGGUGAAGGCUGUGAUCGGGAUGGGAAAUAUGGAUUCUACACACAUGUGUUUCGCCUGAAGAAGUGGAUACAGAAAGUCAUUGAUCGGUUUGGAGGAUAGCGGGCCACCCACAUUCCUGGCUCCUCACUGCAAACAUGACAGAAACCAAUCCAGUGAAAGAAUUUUUUUUUCUGGUUUGUUUCUACAAGUAUGGUUCCCAAUAAAAGUGACUCUCUCAAUGAG